UAUGUGGCGUUGAAAAUUUGUUUACUGGAAAUGCUACGAUGGAAAAUGAAAGAAAACGGGGUUUUCGACUUUGGUGCAAAAGCUCCAACUCAGCUCAAAGUUUCCACUUCCGAAGACAUUAUCAUGGAUGUCACACAAACGUACCCAACGUAUCCAACCCGGGACGAUCGAACACACUACCGUACUGUGAGGGAGACAACACUCAGUUCAGCUCCAAUGGACCUCGCUCAGACCCCACUGUCCCCUUGGCCUGUUCUGAGACGAGUUACACCGGUAUCAGCCAAAAAGACCGAGCCAGCCAGUAAAUCUACGCAGCCCUCAGCUGCCGUUCCCACUGAGAAAGAGGUCCAUGCGGUCUCUCAAGUCCAGCCAGCCUAUGGUGAUUGGCAUGAUAUCGAAUCGACGAAGAAACUAUCACAAACUCGAUCAUUACCUACUGUCAGCAUGAGAACAGUAAAGGUACGUUGCAGCCAUGUUCAGAAAAAUUUUGGCUAG